AUGGACUACCUCGUGCACGAAGAACAGGCAAACAAUGACACGGAUUUCUGUCCAAUUCCCAAAACAUCACAUGAAGAUGUCCAGAAUGACACUCAAAAAUUACCAAAGUCGCUGCUAGCACAGAAGGAGGCACAGAGGGAAGCACAAAGAAAAGCACAAAGAAAGUUUCGAAGGAAUCAAAAUGAUAAAAUACAGCAAGAACAGAAGAAAAUUGCCAAACAAAGCAGGGAAAUUGAGGAAAAUCGGGGCAGGCUUGAAGCACAAAGCAGAGAGCUUGAGAAGGAACAGAAGACCAGGCAAGGUUUAGAGCAGCAAGUUCAGCAGCUUAAGGCCGAGAAUAUGCAGCUCAAGCUGAGUGCUGAAAAGUGGGAGCAGAACUCUACGGUCCUGCAAGGGAGCGUAAAAGAUUUACAAAGGAGCCUCGGUCUUCUGUGGGGAGAGUCCGGUGUCAUAUGUCGCAAUGGUAAUCAAUCAAGCGCAGGAAGUACGACUCUCAGCCCCUCCACCAGUCAAUCAGGCACUGAGACUCACGUUGCCCCCCGCAACUUCUCCCUCCUUUCAAAUUUCCCCAGAAAAGAAGCGCAACUCCGGCCGAUGAUAUCACCCAUCUCACCCAUGUUCGAGCAUCAGGUAACCAACAAGCCUCACUUUGCGUACCGCGCCAUUAGAAGGUAUUGA